GAAGAAGGCUGAUCUCCCACGUCGGUCACCGCACUCUUACUUUGUCAGAUUUGUCAGCUUGUCAGAUGAAAUUGGUGCUGGUCGUCAUCGCCGCUGUCAUCACGCUCGCGCUCAACCCAGGCGCGGCAACAGCUGCGUCGCUUCAUGGCAUGCUGCCGCAGCGGCAAGCAGCCGACCCGCCGGGCGCCUUCCAGGUCCUGCUCACUGGCUUUGGCCCGUUCAUGAACUACACAACCAACCCGUCGCAGCUCGUCGCCGAGGCCCUCCACGACCAGUGCGCACAGUUCCGCGCAGACAAUGUCGUCAAGCACGACUAUGCAGUGUGCUUCCGGACCAUGGUGCUGCCGGUGGCCGACAACGGCUCGGUCGCGGUGGCCAGCUACCUGUCCAAGUUCACCGAAGCGACGGCCGACCGCAUCCCGUACGAUGUCAUCAUUCAUAUGGGCCUUGAAGAUGCUGCCAAGGGCCUGCUCUUUGAGACGAUAGGCUUCAACCAGCGCGCAAACGCCUCCACGCCCGGUCCCAUCCAGCCCGGCGGUCCGACCCUGCUCCCAACCACAGUCAACCUGGGCCAUGUGCGCAUCCCCGAGCUGUACUCGCUGGCUGAGCGUCGGCUGGGACGGCCGCUGGCGACAGACGCCGCGCUCAAGGUGAAUCCGACCCGCUUCAGCGCCAACGACACGACCGAGGCCUGGUCGCGCGAUGCAGGCACCUUCUACUGCAAUGAGACGCUGUAUCGGACCCUGUACCAGCUGCGCUCGCGCAAUCUGUGCCGCUCGCCGGCAUUCGCGCUCAUCCCAGCCAUGUUUGUUCACCUGCCCGAACUCACCGUCAUGUCCACCGAUGCUGCCUCGAGCUUGAUCACCGAGCUUGCCGGCAAGCUUGCUCUUCCUCUUGCACAGGGUGUCUGCAGCGUGGUGGCUUGAGUGCCGUGCGUGUGAAGAAUGUGUAGAAUGUGUAGAAUUGAAAGUUGGCAGA